ACACCUGGUUUGAAUUCACACCCCAUGAAGCCAGUUUUCUUGGCCACAGAGCCUCUGUAGAUAUCAAAUACUUUGGAAGUGAGUUCGAGGGUGGGGUGGUAAAGACAAAGAAAAAAGAAAUGAACAUAAGUUACCACCGAGGUUUAUGGGGAAGUUGCAUUGGAAGCAAAGAGGAAAACAUAAAAUUUAUAAAAGAGAUGCUCAGUUCUUGCUUCACAGAACUACUCGGGUCGCCUUCUACACAUCAUGAAAGUCAAGAUGAUAAUCAAGCAUUCUUUCCAACAGAAUCAAUAAUGAAUAUCUCCAGGAUUGUACACAAAACCAAUAAAUGCCUCUUACACUGGAAAUGGGGAAGCAUCAAUAACUUCCUAUAUAAGUUCUCUGGUAUUAACUCUGCCGAACUGAUGGAAGAUAAAAUCAUCUCUUUGAUUGAUGCUGGAGUAGCCAUAAACUGUGCUUACCCUCUCAUUCUUCGUCCAGAGAGAAAAGUGAAGUUGAUCCUCUCCUUUGACUAUAGCUCUGGAGAUCCUUUUAAGACACUCAAGCAAGCUGUGGAAUACUGCAGACAAAACAGCAUCCCAUUUCCUGAGGUAGAUGAGAAUCUGCUCCAGGACGAGAAUAACCCCUCUGAUGUCUACAUCUUUAGAGGGGAGAAUGCCCCCACUGUCAUGCACUUCCCCCUCUUCAACACAGUGAACGUUCCAGGCCAUGUCACAGACUCAAGAUCUGAAUUCAAAUCUGUCCGCUGUAUGUACAAUAAGGAAGAUUUCAGCAAAUUGCUUCAGGCUGCCAAAUUAAAUGUAUCAAACAACAAAGACAACAUCUUAAAGGAGAUAAGACACAUCAUGGAUUCCUCUAACAGGAAGAAUUCAUAUUCUCUGUAAUUCUUUACAGGAAAUCUUUGUACAGCUGCAAAUUUCACUUGUGCUACUAGAUAUCAUAUGUGAC